AUGGGAAAUCCAAAUAUACAAAUCAGUGAAGAAAUUUACAAUGAAGUAUUGAUUUCAAUUGAGGACAUGUGCUUGAUAAUGUCAAACAAACUAUUAAUUCAAUUAGGCCUGACCGCGCCCAAUCGUCCAAUGCAUGACGCUUUUAACCAAGAGUUGCAUCGAGAAAGACUGUAUGAUCUCAACGCUUUGAAAGAAUUAAUUCAAACAAAUCUUCCACUGUUAAAUGAACAACAGAAGUAUGUAUUUGAAACUCUUAUGAAAGUAACAAAUGAUGAAACUGGAGGGAUUUACUUCUUAGAUGCACCUGGUGGUACAGGAAAAACUUUUUUGAUUUCAUUAAUAUUAGCAACAAUUCGCUCACAAAAUAAAAUUGCACUUGCACUCGCUUCGUCGGGAAUCGCAGCAACUUUGCUUGAAGGUGGUCGAACAGCCCAUUCAGCACUAAAAUUGCCAUUAAAUAUGCAAAGCAAUGAAACUCCAACCUGCAAAGUUUCGAAGAACUCUGCAAUGGCAAAGGUUUUGCAGCAAUGUAAAUUGAUUGUUUGGGAUGAAUGCACGAUGGCACAUAAAAAAUCUCUGGAGGCUUUAGACAGAACCUUAAAAGAUCUACGGAGCAAUAAUAACCGAUUUGGUGGUGCAAUGAUUUUAUUAGCAGGAGAUUUUCGUCAAACAUUGCCAGUGAUUCCACGAUCAACGCCAGCUGAUGAACUCAAUGCAUGUCUAAAGUCCUCCAGUUUGUGGAAACAUGUCAAAGUACUUCAUUUAAGCAAGAAUAUGCGUGUCGAGUUGCAAAAUGACCAAUCUGGAAACAUAUUCUCUAAACAACUCAUUGACAUUGGUAAUGGCAAAUUUCCUAUAGACAUGUUGACUGGCUGCAUUAACUUUCCUCAAAGUUUUUGUCAGUUAACUCGAUCAAAAGAUGAACUUAUUCAGAAGGUGUUUCCAGAUGUUUCUCAAAAUUACAGAAACCAUGAUUGGUUGAGCGAACGAGCUAUACUGGCUGCAAAAAACAUAGAUGUAAAUGAAUUCAAUUUCAAAAUUCAAGAACAAAUUACAGGCGAAUUGAGGAUAUAUAAAUCAGUUGAUUCGGCUACUAAUCAAGAUGAUGUAGUCAACUAUCCACCGGAAUUUUUAAACUCGCUGGAUUUGCCAGGAUUGCCACCUCACAAUCUUCAAUUAAAGGUUGGAUCGGUGGUUAUAAUGUUGCGAAAUAUCAACCAACCGCGUCUUUGCAACGGUACACGGAAAGUAUAA